AUGAAGGUCGAAACUGCAGCAGUCGCUCUCCUCUUCGCGACGAGCUCGCUCGCCGCCCCGAGGGCCAGACUGUCCGAGAAGACACUCAAAGAAGACCCGGACUUCGGUCUUUGCAUCCCAACCAUGAAAUUCGAAGGUGGUCUCGGCGGACGGUCUGCUGGCGACUUCACCUUCCUCCCCACCGACCCAUUGUGCGCUCGUGGCCAGCAAGAGGCAUUGAACCCAAACAUCAUCACCAACAGAAUCUGUGAUCAACUCAGCACGGCUUGCAACGCCAACGAGGCGGCCAAGGAGCUCUGCCGUGACGCUCAGGCCAAGAUCCGAACACUGGGAACACGCAACAAGUCGACCGCCGAUACCUGGAAUACUCUCCUCGGCUUUGGAGGAGCUCUGACCAACCCCGACGGGGGACUGUCGGAGCCAGGCUUCAGGAGCAAAGACCUCAAGAUCAAGCGAGAGGAGGUCACCACGAUCGAACGGCGCUUUAUCGAGUGCCGAACCGAUGUCUGGCUGGACGAUUGCAACGGCUGGUCUGCGCCUGAGCCUGUUGUGAAGCGAGAGGUCAUCGAGCCCGCCCCGGAGCCAGUCGUCAAGCGUGAAGCCGAACCCGAGCCCGAGCCCGAAGCAGCUCCCACACCUGCUGCUGAGCCUGCCGUGGUCAAACGAGACGUUGAAGCCGCGCCCGUCGAGAACAAGGCCAAGCGUGCCAUUGAAAACUUUGUCGAGUGCAGCACUGAUGUCUGGCUUGACAACUGCAACGGCUGGCCUUGA